AUGAAAGCGUUGGCCACGUAUGCUUUGUUCUGGAUUUUGUGGUCUAGCAACCACAUUGGCUUGAAAUGUGAGGAGCGUAAAUUUCGAAUAAACUUGGAUGAGUUUUCGGUAAAAUACAAGGUACGCGAUUUGAUCGAGAAUAUUGAUUUCCGCAUCGUUCAUCUUAACAAUCGGAGUUAUGUUAACGGUGAGAUGAAACUAAAGUCCGAUGUCGAGGAUAUAUUAAUGCACACAACCAUGGAUUUUUGGAAGUCCAGUAAUAAGAAGAAACUCAAACUCUACGAUGGUCGCAUGGAUGCAUGUCAAUUUUUAAAAACUGCUCACCGGAAUGGAUUGUUUAAUAUUUACGUGAAGAGCUUCAGAAAGCAUGUAAAUGCUAAUCUAGCGUGUCCUUUAAAAAUGAACUACAGUUAUACUUUAAGAAACUGGCAUAUGGAUGAGCAGGAUCUUCCUCCUUUCGUUCCUUUUGGUACAUUUCGCACCUUAACCGAGUAUUUUACCCAAGACCGAUUGGGAUUGCGGAUCGUCACGCAAGGCAAAGUGGUUCCCAAUAAGUAA